CCCACUGUACUCUGUGUCUUGAGAGUCCUAUUUAGCAAUGCACACUGGUGUAGGAAGUCUGGAGGACUGGUCUGGAUUCCUCUCAUUUACACGCUGAUUGGAUUUACAAAGGACUGAUCAAGGGAAGAACUGCUGCUUUGGGGAAUGGCAGACCCAAUGAUGAUGUCAGUCAUGCAAAACGGACAUCCCAAUUAUAGGAUGAAUGUCAACGGUAUGCAGCCUCAGCCACAUCCUCAUCCUGCUAGAAGCAUGCCUUCAGUACCAAUGAUGCAAUAUGGAGUUGCUCAUCCAGAUGGAAAUAUGAGGGUACGGAUGAAUGUGCACCAGCAUAUGGCAAACCCUAUGAUGUACCCCGGACAAGCUCAAUCUUAUAUGGGAGCUCAGCAACUAAUGGCUACAAUGCAUCUUCAAAAACUCAGCACUCAGUACCAGGGACAUCCAAUGAUGAGUAAUACUGGACUUGUGCAGGGACACCCAGCUUACAAAAUGGCACCAAAUCACCAUCAGAACAUGCCUACUUUAAAUGUGACAGACGCUGACCUCAUUGAUGAGGAUGUAUUAACAUCUCUGGUGCUGGAAUUAGGUUUGGACAGAAUCGAAGAGUUACCUGAACUGUACUUGGGGCACAAUGAGAUGGAUUUUAUCCUGGACUUUGUCGGCAAGCAGCAGGUUAGCACAGUAACCUGCUGAUGCGCAGAGAACUGCGAAACUCGGCUGCACUGUAUAUGGCUUCCAGAAGUCCUCGUUUUACUCGCUCAAACGCUAAACACAAUGUGAUCAGAGAAGGUUGUUUGGACUACAUAUUAAUCAUGAGACAUACCAUCCUCAUUUGAUGGACACAGUAAUCCCAUGUGUAUUGGAAGUAUUCAAGAAAAUACAUAAUUAUCAUAAGGAUACGGCCAGACAGUCAGGUUUCCUCUUGCAGUUUUGGAAGCCUUCGAAGGAGAGAAAGUAUAAAGGACAGAUACAAUCUCUUCCUUUCUUAAUUCCUUCCUGUUUUUUGCUUCCAAAACUGCAUCAGAAAACCUGACCGUGCGUACCUUCGCAUUUUAGCUGCAACCUUUGCACUAAACCAUAGCCACCAAUUAAGGUCUAUUUUGUUGCAUUGCUCACCAAUAACUGGUAUACACGAUAGCAUAACUGCACUGGUGAUGGUUUACAUUUUCUUUGUAUGCACAAUCAGCUUCUCAUAUGAUAAAAAGCUUUUUUUCACUUACAUGGGACCAUUUUUAUUACACGUUGCUCUUGAUUUGCACUAGACUGCUAAAAUCUACUUACGGCUUGAUUGUCAUCAGCGCUAGCUAGGUAAGGUGGCCUUUAGGCUGGGUUUUCACACCAUGUUUUGGCACUAUUGCUGCAAAAACAACCAAAACUCAGCCUGGUUUACACCACAUAGUUUUAGCCAAAGCUAAGAGUGGAUCCUAAAGAAAGGAAAACAAUACAUGAAAGGUUGAUACUUCUCAUUUGCAAAACUAAGCAUCAUAAAUUGCACAGAUGUAUGAAGCAUCCCAGACCAGUUGUGAGAUCUCUUUAGGCACACCAUUAUAGACAUUACUGAAGAUGCCGGGAUCAGAAGGUCCCUAUUUGUAUAAAGCCAGCUAUAUCUUCUAUGUUUCAAUUCAGGUAUAACCCUAAGUGCAAUGUCAGACAAUUUUGCACUAUACAGUUGGGUGGUAGCAGGUUUAUGGUGAUAUUGUAAAUAAGUCCAUUACGGGAAAUGUAGUGACUGUCCCACAAAUAGCCACAUAGGCUCUCAAUCAGGGAGAUCAACAUAAUUGGGGUAGUUACAUUGUAUAUUAUAAUAAAAGGUCAAUGAAGAAACUACAUUUCUGGUUUUUAACAUAAAUUUUGCGAAAAAUUAUGGAAAGAAAAUUAAAGGGGUUGUGCCAUAAACUACUUUUCACUCCAAAGUGUAUUUUCAUCAAUUACUGAGAUCUAAUUUUCAGUUUUGUCUUAUCCCCCAUGCUUGAAUCCUACUUCCUGGAUUGUCAUGCGCUGUCCCAUCAUGACUUAGGGCAGUGAGAUGUGUGCUGACAUCAGCAGAACAUGUGACACUAAUCACGUCCCUUGUUUAUACCAGUGAUGCUUGUGCCUAAGAAGCGCCCCCUGAGCUCACACUUCAGAGUAGACAGCAGCUAGCUAGGAUUGCAGGAGACAUGCCAGUUGAUAUACAACAAAUGAAUAUCAGACCAGAUUUACCACAGGGUGCAAUGGGAGGCUAAUAACUUUAGAACAAGGCAGUUUUGAUAAAUGGUGGUAUUUGGGAAAAGUGAUUUAACAGCAAUAUCUUUUGGACGGGAACCAUUUAUAUAAGUGGAACAACCUCCUUUCAUUUCCAACAUAAUAUGGCCUCACUGAAAUUCUGCAUCUUUCUUUAGCCUUAAGGGACAUUCUCAUGAAAUCUGCAGCAUUUCAGUGUCAUGAGAAACUACUUUUAAUUAGAUCCCCAUAGCCUGUGGUACCUAUUAAAAAUCAUACCCACUUACCAUGCCCAGGCUAUGUUCUGGUCCCUGGAUUGUUUACUUCUGGCUGGGGUAUGGACAUGGUCACAUGUGCUGCUGCAGCCAAUGACUGACCUCAGCAGUGACAUGUUCCCAAGCGGUGUUUGAGCCAGUAGGGACAUGUUGCUUGCUGAGGCACGUUACUGCUGAGACCAGUUAUUGGCUGCUGCUGUGCAAGUGAUCACGUCCAUACCAUACAAGCUGGGUUCAUGAACAUUGCUGAAUUCAGCCAGGAUGCUGGAAAGGAGCAGCAGGGAGCAGGUGAGUAUGAUUUUUUUCAAUAUGUACCACAUAACUACAGGGGCUAAUUAAAAACCCCUUAAGGGACUUAUGAAGACAACAACACUUAUAAUCCAAAUUUGAGCAUGUAGAUGUCAUAGAGGAGGGACCCCACUUGGAUCCCCUCUUUAUGAGCACGAAAGAAAAGCAGCACUGUCAGACCAGCUACCACUCUGGCAGAUCUGGUCCAUGUAAUGAUGCAUGUAUGGACAGCAUCUCCCAGUGAUAAUAGCUAAUCUCUGGAGGUUAGGGAACUGGCUUCCAUGUGAAGAGAGCUUGUCUUCAUCAUACAAUGCUGUUAAGGAGAACCAGCAAAAGGAAAUUUGAAAAACAAUAACUUUUGUCAUCAUUUUUUAUGACACCAUGUUCUACAUAUUUAAAGAGAACCUGUCACCUCUCCUGACUUGUCAAUUUCAGCAACUACUUGCAUUCCUCAUGUAAUUACAAUUCUGGAGCAUACAUUUCUACGACUCUAUGUUGUGCAAUCCCUUUUGCAAUGAAGGUCCAGAUGGGUGUUAUCAUUUAGUUGUAUCCCUGCACAGUCACUGGCAGCACUAAUUGAAUGUGUCAGACUGUGCAGGGACAUAUCCUCAGCUGGUAACACCCAUCUGGCCCUUCAUUCCAAACUGCUAGUAAUUCAUUCAUAACUUCUAGAAGGAAUGACACAACAUAGAGUCAUAAGAAUAGACGAUCCAGAAUUGUUAUUACAUGGGGAAUGCAAGAAUUUGCUAAAGCAGACAUGUCGGGAAAGUUACAGGUCCUCUUUAAUGACCCAUUAUAUGACUAUGAUACAUGGUUACCAUGUGUUUAUUAUAUUUAAACUACAAUACUCAAGAGAUGUGUUGCUGAACUAGACCUAUAUGCGUAUUAAGAGCCCAAGAACAUAUGGUACGUUGGUUUUGUAGAGCUACAUACAUGGUUUCCAGCUUCCUUCCUGCUCGCUGUUGACUUGUCCAUGAAAAAAACAAUACUGCAGAUCCUAAUUUACUGUAGAUACACAAUAUGUUUUCUCAUGAUCAUGUGAUCCUAUCGGCUGGCCCUCUUCUAUUUUCAAACAGGCAAUAUUGUCGGUAAUUUGUACAUUAACUCUUGAUACAAUUGUAAUAUUUAAUUAAUAAAAUAACCACUUUGUGGCUUUUAAAAGUAAAAA